AUGAUUGAUCCUUUCAUUGUAGCACAGCAAGAUGUAAUAUCUGAUAUGGAAAAGAUCAAUACAUUGCUUUCUACGCGCAAUGAUAUGAUUCAUGACUCCAGAGGUAUCAAUGUUGAUAUUUUUAAUAAUCUUGGAGUUCAAUCUCAAAAUUUAAUUCAAAACGUUAAAGAAAAUCUUUCGGAUUUAGAUGGGGCAUUCCAACAAAUCCUUAAAAAUCCUAGUAGAUUCGAUAUUUCAGAAUCAGAAUUAACAAAUAGAAAAAAUUUCUUAGCAUCAUACAAUCAAAAGCUUGCACAGUUCGAAAAUCAACUUAAUGAACAAAAUUCACAUCAAUUUCCUCAGUAUAUGUCUAAUAUUCAAGGCUAUCCUUCGUAUGAUAGUGAAAAGAAUCCAAAAGGAGACCAACAGUCUCAAUUGUAUCAAGAACAUUCAGAACAAAUUGACGCAAUAGCUGAUAAUGUUACUGCUGGACUUCUUUUGGGUAGAACUAUCAAUGCCGAACUUGCUGACCAAGAACAACUCAUUAGCGCACUUGACGAUGAUGUUACAAAUGCUAGUGAAGCAAUGCAAAAGGUUACAAAAGAAAUUAAAGCUUUAAUUGAAGCAGAAGGUAAAACGCCCACCUGCUUGGUAUGUAUUUUAUCUGUUAUUUUCAUUGUACUUCUCUUCUUUGUUAUUUAA